GGGGUGGCCGCGUGAGAUAGGGCGGCCUGGGGUGGGGGCGCCCCGGGGCUGGGCGCUGGCGGGGCCCAGGUCUCAACGCUCCACCGAAGCAGCGCCCGGAUUCCGGGCCGAGGCUGCCCGGGAAUGCUUUCAGUCGGCACAAACAUGGCUGCAGCCUUGCGACCUGCGGCCGCCCGGCUCCGCGAUCGGCUGGUGCUGGGCAGCUCAAGGACCCGCCAGCCAUGGAGGUGCCAGUCGGGGGCAGCCGCAGCAACAGCCCAGCAAGUGAGAAGCCCGAAGCCCAAGCCUCAAGUUCAACCUGGGAAGAGGAAGCCCAAAACAGGAAUAUUAAUGCUGAACAUGGGCGGCCCCGAGUCGGUGGGAGACGUGCAUGACUUCCUGCUGAGACUCUUCCUGGACCGGGACCUCAUGACGCUGCCUUUUCAAAGCAAGCUGGCACCCUUCAUCGCCAAACGCCGAACCCCCAAAAUUCAAGCGCAGUACAACAGGAUUGGAGGAGGGUCCCCCAUCAAGAUGUGGACCUCCAAGCAAGGAGAAGGCAUGGUGAAGCUGCUGGAUGACUUGUCACCCGAGACAGCCCCUCACAAAUACUACAUCGGGUUUCGGUACGUCCAUCCGUUAACAGAAGAAGCCAUUGAGGAGAUGGAGAGAGACGGGCUGGACAGGGCCAUUGCUUUCACCCAGUAUCCACAGUACAGCUGCUCUACCACAGGCAGCAGCUUAAACGCCAUUUACAGAUACUAUAACGAAAUGGGAAAGAAACCAACCAUGAAGUGGAGCACAAUUGACAGGUGGCCCACACACCCCCUCCUCAUUCAGUGCUUUGCAGACAACAUUCAGAAGGAACUGGACCAUUUUCCUCUUGAGAAGAGAAGCGAUGUGGUCAUUCUCUUCUCUGCCCACUCGCUGCCACUGUCUGUGGUCAACAGAGGGGACCCCUAUCCGCAGGAGGUGGGUGCCACUGUCCAGAGAGUCAUGGAUAAGCUGGGCUUCUCCAACCCCUACCGUCUGGUCUGGCAGUCCAAGGUCGGUCCGAUGCCGUGGCUGGGUCCUCAGACGGAAGCCACCAUCCGCGGGCUUUGUGCCAGGGGGCGGAAGAAUAUCCUUUUGGUCCCAAUUGCAUUUACCAGCGACCACAUUGAAACACUGUAUGAACUGGACAUCGAGUGUGCGCAGGUUCUAGCCAACGAGUGUGGAGCUGAAAACAUCAGAAGAGCAGAGUCUCUUAAUGGAAAUCCAUUGUUCUCUAAGGCCCUGGCUGACCUGGUGCACGCACACAUCCAGUCCAACGAGCGCUGCUCCAAGCAGCUAACGCUCAGCUGCCCGCUCUGUGUCAAUCCUGUCUGCAGGGAGACCAAGACCUUCUUCACCACCCAGAAGCUGUGACCGCCACUGUGCACCCUGUGGGGUCAGGCAGAUGCUCAGCCUCGGGAUGCCUCCGACGUGGAGCAAGAUGUAUUUAGACAUCUAGGAGAAAAGUUACAUUAGUUUAUGGACAGCUUCUGGGUACAUAUAGUGUGAUUUCUUGAGGAACAGACUCUCAAGUCCUUACUGAAGGUUUUCUAUUUUUAUAGAUCUACAUAGUAAGCAUUUAUAUUCCCUCUCUCUGGGUAAAGCUACUAACUUGGUAUGUCUACUACACUAUUGGGGAAAAUAAAAAGAACUUUAACAAUUUACCUUAUGAGACACACACCUAUUUUAAAUAGAGAUUUUUGGCUUUAUUGUCUGAAAUCCUUUCCACGAGGGACAGAGAGUCCCUCCAUGGGGUGUGUGAGUGAGAUUUCAUUUUCAGCCUGUGUGUCUACUUGUUUUGUAAGUGAAUGAUGUUGAGGACGUGAAGCAGCACUAACCUUUCCCUAAACCCGUGGGCUCGAGUGCCCGGAGGCCGAAGGGGCCAUUUGGGCCCUUCUGUGUGGACCUCACUUUCCUUAGCACAAAGCCAGAUCUAGUACCGGUUCUGCAAAUGCUUUGAGAUACCUCAGGCACACAGUCUUGGACAGGCAUAAAGCCUCGUCUUGGUCAUAGCUGCCUUGGGGGGAAGCCUGUGGUACCUGCAUCCUGUCUCCAGGACCCUGGAACCUUUCCAUCCAGCAUCUUCUCUGUCUGGGGUGUAGGCCUCCUUUCUGCAUUUUUGUUUGAAGAGUCAUUUUAGAAAAUCAACAUUAUUUCAUCAUCUUGGAUUCUUUUGUAACUGGCAGUUUUUAUUGCAAAAAUUUUCUAACCAUGCUAUAUGCGAUUUGGAAAAUGGAGAUAAAGGAACUGCUCGAACGCAACAGCUAUUAAUCUUACCAUUGCAAUUUGUGUCAUUCUUUUCCUGUGGAUAUUUUUAAUGCCAUCGUAACCUUGAGUUUGUGAGUGAAAACUUGUUCUAAAGAUGUAAAAAUAAUGUAGGAUCAGAAUCUGAUCUUCUCGACUUGGAUUUAAAUGGAUUAAAAAAAAUCUCUGCUGGAUCCAUAAUGAAUAUGUAAUGAUUACUUUCCUUUUCCUCCGAGCCCUAAAACUUUGUUCUUCAAAGAGUAUUUCUUUGAUUGUUUUUAAAAGCCAGAUCAUAAAGUGGAAGCUUUGGGGUAUCAUAGA